GUGCCCUAUGAUAUAUAAAAAAACCUCACUUUGCCGUCCUCAUCUUCUCAUUCUCGCUUCAGUCUACUAUGGAGAGGCCCAUUCGAUCACUUAGGUUUCUUCUUCAGCUUUCCUCUCUUCUCUUUCUCAACCAACCAUGGUUCUCACUGCAAGAGACCACGCCGCAACAGCUUAUCAAAGGCUUCACAGCCACUCCAUACCCAUCCGUAUCAUCUUUCCAACCCCUUCUCGACAACCCCAACGGAACUUUCUCUCUUGGGUUCCUCCGAAAUGGAACUUCCCAACUCGCUCUCGCCAUCAUUCAUGUCCCUUCUUCAGAACCCGUUUGGCUCGCAAAUCCAAAUCGUUGGGCUCUCUGGUCAAACCCAACAGAGCUAUUCUUCAAUGGUAGUUUCGUCUUGUCCGAUCGACACUCAGGGGUUCUUUGGUCAACUGCUACCGACGGUGACUUCAUCGUUCUUGAGGAGAAUGGAAAUCUUCAAAUAAAGAAGUUCGAUAGUUCACCUAUAAUCGUAUGGCAGAGUUUCGAUUUUCCCUCCGAUACUCUUCUCGAGAAUCAAAAUUUCACAGUCAAUAUGUCUCUGGUUUCAUCAAAUAAUCUCUAUUCUAUGAGAAUGGGAGACAAUUUUUUGGGCUUGUACGCCGAGUUCAAAACAGGGUUGGAUCAGAUUUACUGGAGACACAGAGCUUUGGAAGCGAAAGCAACCAUCGUCGUUGGCAAUGGAUCCAUUUAUGCUCGGCUAAGCUCGAAUGGGUUUCUGGGUAUGUAUCAAACAGAAGCAGCUCCAGUCGAUAUGCAAGUUUUUAAUACCUUUCAAAGUUCGAUUUCAGGGAUCCGACGAUUCAAAUUAGAAUCGGAUGGGAACAUCAAAGAUUAUUACUGGGACGGAUCGAAAUGGGUUUUAGAUUUUGAAGGGAUCCAAGACGCAUGUGACCUCCCAAACCCAUGUGGAUCGUACAGUCUUUGUAUUCCAGGGGGAGGUGGUUGCUCGUGUUUGGAUAACAGAACAGAGUAUUCCACCUCCGGCGAUUGUUUCCCACCGGAAUCCGGCGAUUUCUGCGGUGGGAUUGACCAAGAUAAAGGGGAUUCGUCUUGGGUAUUGACAAGAAGCGGCGUUGAGUUGCCUUACAAGGAGUUGAUGGGGUUUGAAACAAUGGGAUCUUUGGAGGAAUGUGAGAAGUCCUGCGAGAGUAACUGUACUUGUUGGGGAGCUGUAUUCAAUAACGCUUCUGGGUUGUGUUACCCAGUUGGGUAUCCGAUAAACACAUUGGUGAGUGUAGCAGAUGAUAGCAAGAUUGGGUAUUUUAAGGUGAGAGGAACUGAAGGAGGGAAGAGAAGAGGAAUGGGUUUUGCAGUUGGGAUAGGUCUGUUGGUUGGUGCGGUUGUGAUCUUUGUUGGGGUUGGUGGGUUUAUGAUAUACAAGGUUUGGAGGAGGGAGAAGGAAGGAGAUGAUAUGUUCAAGGAGGAGCAGCGGUUGUCUUACAGGGAUCUGCUGCGAUCCUCGAGCUCUGUAUCAGUUGAGCUCUCCAAGAGAUGAAGAUAGGUCGGCCAUCUACUUUGACUUUUUUCCUGGUUGAAGUGGGUCCCACUUUUAACCAACUGGACGGUGAUGAUGGUAUGGUGGGGUUGGAGGGAAACAGGUUACAGACAGUGUGAGUCGUUGGAUUAGGAUUUCACAAGGAGAUUACGUGGGAAAACAAUGCAGCUCAGUCUGCUAGUUAGAUUGGGAAGGAAAAAAGAGACAAAAAUGUUUUCAAUCUCUCUGUUUAAUUAAGCUUCUCUACUGUUUUAUUCUGCUUGUAAAUUGGAAUUCUUUAAGGAAAGUGGGCGUUUUGCGCGUGUUUAUUA